ACUGAUUAUCAUCUUGCGUCGGCGCCGGUCCUUGAGCCUACAAUCUCUCGCUUUUGGGAACUCUUAUCGGUCUUUUCUAAAAUUUUGCUUUGCGCUCUUAUUGACUAUCCAGCCACAACCAUGUCAUCACGGAAGAAGGUCAUGCUGAAGGUGAUUAUUCUCGGAGACAGUGGUGUCGGUAAAACAAGUUUGAUGAACCAAUAUGUCAACAAGAAGUUCAGCGGAAGCUACAAGGCUACAAUCGGUGCCGAUUUUCUUACAAAGGAAGUUCUAGUCGAUGACCGCCUAGUAACGAUGCAGAUCUGGGAUACCGCCGGGCAAGAACGAUUCCAGUCAUUAGGAGUUGCAUUCUACCGGGGAGCUGACUGUUGUGUCCUUGUUUACGAUGUGAAUAACUCCAAGAGCUUUGAGGCACUUGACAGCUGGCGCGACGAGUUUCUCAUUCAGGCUAGUCCGCGCGACCCUGAGAGUUUCCCAUUCGUUGUUAUUGGAAACAAAAUUGAUAUGGAGGAAAGCAAGCGGAUGAUCUCUUCUAAGCGAGCCAUGACGUUUUGCCAGUCGAAAGGAAACAUUCCGUAUUUCGAAACUAGCGCAAAGGAAGCUGUCAACGUCGAACAAGCUUUUGAAGUCAUUGCUCGAAGUGCUUUGGCUCAAGAAGAAGCUGAAGAAUACGGUGGCGACUACACUGAUCCGAUCAACAUCCACGAUACUACCGAGCGCGACGGUUGCGCCUGCUGA